ACCGACAUGUCAACAACUGCCAAAGCAACAUUAGCUGCCUCCAUCUUGUUUUGCUGUGCUUCAGUUGCAGGUGUGCAUUAUAUCCAAAACGAAGAGAAGGCUAAUUUGAGAGCUGGUGUAUUGCGUGAUGAUGAAAGAAGAAAGAAGAAGGAACAGCAACAAUUAAAUAUGCGAGAAUUAAAAGAACAAACUGAAUUACAUGAAGCCUUGUUAAAGACCCAGCAAGUUACUAGUUUACCAUCCAGCGAGCCCGCAGAAGAAGAAAAAUAAUGAUAAUAAAAACACAGGAUUUUUAUUUUAACAAUUAAAAAAAAAAAAAAAAUCAAAUCAAGUCAAAUUGAUUUAAG